UCUGAUAGCAAUACGAUGUUGUGCCUUCCAAAAGAAGUACUAUAUGAAAACGUACAUGAAAUAUACUUAAAAGACUUGACGCUAUUAAGCUAUCAGAAAAUUCUAUUUAUCUUUUCUUCUUUUUUAAUUUCUUUUAAAGAUAAAAAUACAGACAUUACUGUAAAGGAUAACACAGAUGAUUUUUGCCUUCGAGAUACAUUAAGCAUUGCAUCGACGGACUCUUUUGUUUCCACAGCUGAGCUUACGGAGCAUAGAGAAGUUCGUAAUACCUAUGGUCUAGAUUCCCUUUGCCAUUGUCCACUGUAUGAAGAAGCAAUGCACUUAGCAGAAGAAGGCAAAGUUUAUUCACGAGUACUAAGGACUGAAAUGUUUGAAUGUCUUGGAGACAGCGACUUCCUUGCUAAGCUUCAUUGUAUUCGACAAGCUUUCCAGAUAAUUCUUUCAGAAACAGCAAACAGAAUAUUUCUUGCUGAAAGUGGAAGAAAAAUUUUAUCUGCCCUAAUUGUGAGAGCACGAAAGAAUCCAAAGAAAUUUGAAGAUGUCUUUGAUGAAAUGAUAUAUUUCCUGGAACAAACGGAUCACUGGGAUAAUACUGAAAUGGAACUUGCUGCUAGAGGAGUAAAAAACUUGAAUUUUUAUGAUGUUGUUCUGGACUUCAUUUUGAUGGAUUCAUUUGAAGAUUUAGAAAAUCCACCAAUAUCGAUACAGAAUGUAGUAAACAACCGCUGGCUAAAUUCCUCUUUUAAAGAAACAGCUGUGGCUUCAAGCUGUUGGUCAGUUCUGAAGCAGAAAAGACAGCAAAUGAAGGUACCUGAUGGGUUUUUUGCUCAUUUCUAUGCUAUAUGUGAACAUAUCAGCCCUGUUUUGGCAUGGGGCUUUUUGGGUCCUAGAAAUUCCCUUUAUGACUUAUGCUGCUUCUUCAAGGUUUGUUCCUUCUUCUUCACUACCACUUAUCUUAAUUAAA